AAGUCAUGGUUUAACUUCAGAAACAACACUCAGAUUCCCCCAAAACCCUAACCUUCCUUCCAUUCUUCAUCGGCUAGUUUGCGGUAAUUCCAGAUGGCAGAGGUGGAUGUUCAAAAUCUGCUUCUUGGAGAAACGACUUGCGGAACAUUACUGCAUCAGUUGCAAAAAAUUUGGGAUGAGGUUGGUGAAAGCGAUGAAGAAAGAGAUAAGAUGCUUCUUCAGAUUGAGCAAGAGUGUUUGGAUGUUUACAAGAGGAAAGUGGACCAAGCAACAAAGUCAAGAUCACACCUUCUUCAGACACUUGCAGAUGCUAAUCUUGAACUCUCCACUCUGCUUGCAUCUCUCGGGGAGAAAUCUUUUGUUGGGAUUCCAGAGAAGACCACAGGAACCAUCAAGGAGCAACUUGCUGCUAUUGCACCGGCUCUAGAACAACUAUGGAAGCAGAAGGAUGAACGGAUAAAGGAGUUCUCAGAUGUACAGAGUCAGAUACAAAAGAUAUGUGGAGAAAUUGCAGGGAGCGGUGAUCGUUUAGGAAACCAAGUUGUUGAUGAGUCCGAUUUAUCCUUGAAGAAGUUGGAUGAAUUCCAUGAUCAGCUACAAGAACUUCAGAAAGAAAAGAGUGAUAGACUGCACAAGGUCCUUGAGUUAGUGAGCACUGUUCAUGAUCUUUGUGCUGUUCUUGGGAUUGAUUUUUAUAGUACAGUUACAGAGGUUCAUCCGAGUCUGAAUGAUGCAGCCGGUGUAGAAUCUAAAAGCAUAAGCAAUGACACGCUAGCUAGGUUGGCAAAGACUGUCGUAGCUUUAAAAGAAGAUAAGAAGCAAAGGUUGCAGAAGCUUCAAGAGUUGGCAACCCAGCUAACUGAUCUGUGGAAUUUGAUGGAUACGUCUGAAGAAGAACAGGGCUUGUUUAGUCAUGUUACUUGUAAUAUAUCGGCUUCAGUUGAUGAAGUGAACGUCCCAGGGGCCCUUGCUCUCGAUUUGAUCGAGCAGGCCGAGGUGGAAGUGGAACGGCUAGAUCAGCUAAAAGCUAGCAGAAUGAAAGAGAUUGCUUUCAAGAGACAAGGCGAGCUUGAAGAGAUAUUUGCACGUGCACAUAUUGAGAUCGACAUGCAGGCUGCCAGGGAGAAAAUCUUGGCCCUGAUUGAUUCUGGGAAUGUGGAACCUACCGAGUUGCUAGCUGACAUGGAUAAUCAGAUCAUAAAAGCGAGAGAAGAGGCUCUCAGUAGAAAAGAUAUUUUGGAUAAGGUUGAAAAAUGGAUGUCGGCUUGUGAAGAAGAGAGUUGGCUUGAGGAUUACAAUAGGGAUGACAACAGGUACAAUGCAAGCAGAGGCGCACAUUUGAAUCUUAAGCGAGCCGAAAAGGCCAGAAUUUUGGUGAACAAAAUUCCAGCUCUCGUUGACACCUUGGUUGCCAAGACUCGGGCUUGGGAAGACGACCAUGGACUCACUUUCAUGUAUGAUGGGGUUCCAUUACUCGCCAUGCUAGACGAAUAUGCAUUGCUCAGGCAUGACAGGGAAGAAGAGAAACGAAGACUGAAGGAUCAGAAGAAAUUCCUUGAACAACCAAAUACCGAGCAAGAACCCGUAUUUGGUUCAAGAUCAAGCCCGGCUAGGCCCGUUAGUAGUACAAAAAAGGUGGUGGGCCCACGUGCGAACGGAACUCCAACCAGACGGCUGUCUCUGAAUCAAAAUGGAGGGAGGUCAGUGAACAAAGAUGGGAAGAGGGAGCACACAAAGCCACUUGGUGCAUUGAACUAUGCGGCCAUAUCGAAAGAGGAUGCAGGCUCACACAUAUCUGGCACCGAGCCGGCUCCCAGCACACCUUAAUUAGACUGAUUAGAGCGAUCGAAAUAAGAGUGAAAUAUUGUAGGAUUUGGUGUUAUUAUAAUGAGAGCUUAGACGCCUACUGCGUUAGAGAGAUGUAUCACGUUUGAACGUUCAUGUUCGUUGUAUCGGUAUCCGUUAGUUACCUUAUCUAACCACUUUUGCUAAUUUAUCUUCGAGUAAAUUAUGUUUUACGUCUA